AUGGAAGUACUUGAUAUUUCCAUCGGAGGUAUAGUCAUAGUAAAGCAGCUGGUGUCGUCACCUAUGAAUUGCUCUACGAAUCUGAGUACAGGCCAUCUCUUGACAUCCCUCAGAGGAAGUCCGUUUACAAUCUCAGCACGAUACAACACGUUGGCUGUGUCAGGCUGCAAGAAUUCGGUCUGGUUGCAAGCUAAUGAGACGACUAUUACAGGAGGAUGUACGUCCAUGUGUGCUGCUAACUCCACAGAAACUAGCUGCAACGGCGUUAACUGCUGCCAAACAACACUUCCACCACGACUCAAGGAGCUCGAGUACAAGUACAGAACAACUGAAGCUAUCAGUAAUGAUAGCUCUUGUGGAUUUGUUCUUCCUGUUGAGAAGAUAUGGUUAGCAAAUCAUUACAAAAGCUUCAAAGCAUUAGCUCGAGGAAUCGGAUUUGCUCCUUUGGUACUUGAGUGGGAAUUUGGUGAACUGAAAGGUUAUACUAACCGAAUUUGCACAUAUUAUGAUGAUCAUUGCCUCUCACAUCCUGAUGAGUUCGGCCGCAGACAUACAAAAAAUGCUUCUUCCUAUUGUAGGAACAAACAUUAUAAUGAUCUUUGUAGCAUAUAUCCUUCUCUUUUUGGCUGCCAAUCAUACUCUGAUCGUUCUACGUAUAUAUUUGAUUCAUAUUAUGAGGAAUUAUCGUCAAUUUACUAUGAUGGAGCUGGUUAUGCAUCUUCAACCAAAUACUGCCUUUGCCCUGAUGGGUAUGAAGCGUGGAGAUCGACCAAAGCCAUCAGAAAAAGAAUCAAGGCGAACCGGAGACACAAGUUUUUCAAGCGAAACGGGGGGCUGUUGCUGGAACAACAGCUUUCAGCAACUGAUAAUGGCCUUGACAAGAACAAAUUGUAUAGUUCUAAAGAGUUGACACUGGCCACUGAUCAUUACAAUGAGAACCGCAUACUUGGCCGUGGUGGGCAAGGCACUGUCUACAAAGGAAUGUUGAAGGAUGGUAAGAUUGUGGCAGUCAAGAAAUCGCAGAAGUUAGAGGAAGGUGAUCUUGAAGUCUUCAUAAAUGAAGUGGUUAUUCUGUCACAAGUCAACCACAGGAAUGUGGUUAAGCUACUAGGAUGUUGCCUGGAGACUGAAGUUCCUCUUCUCGUCUACGAGUUCAUCCCAAAUGGAACCCUUUUCCAACAAAUUCAUGAGCCAAGUGAGGAAUUCCCAUUGACAUGGGAAAUGAGACUGAGAAUUGCAAGAGAAGUAGCGGGUGCACUCGCUUACUUGCACUCUUCAGCAUCUUCGCCUAUCUAUCACCGCGAUAUCAAGUCAACAAACAUAUUGUUGGAUGAUAAAUACCGUGCUAAGGUCUCGGAUUUUGGGACGUCGAGGUCAGUGGCUCUUGAUCAGACCCACUGCACCACCCGAGUUCUAGGUACCUUUGGCUACUUGGAUCCAGAGUACUUCCAGUCAAACCAAUUCACAGAUAAGAGCGACGUCUACAGCUUUGGUGUGGUUAUGGUUGAGCUUCUGACCGGUGAGAGAGCAAUAUCAUCCAUCCGAACUGAAGCAGGGAGGAGUUUAGCCACACAUUUCUUACACUCGAUGGAGGAAAACAUGUUAUUUGAAAUACUUGAUGCAAGGGUCCUCAGAGAAGGCAAGAGGGAUGAAAUCGUGGCUGUAGCUCAACUUGCUAGAAGAUGUCUGCAUUUGAAUGGGAAGAGAAGACCAACAAUGAAGGAAGUUUCAGUGGAGUUGGAAGCUAUCAAAAAGGUGGAAGAAUGCUCAUAUGUCGAAGAUAGAGAUGGUGGCAGCAGAGAGUUUCAUUCUCUUUCUAUAGAGCCUGCUGAUUCUAUCAGCUUCACUUCCAUCUCCCUGUUUUCGCCAGAAUCUGAGUAUAGACUUUAA